AUGAACACACAUACGAGGGACGUUGAGUUUUAUGGGAGUUCGUCUUCUGUUGCCCUCUUAUCUCAUGUUCAACGAAGCGCAGAAGAAGAUCACCCCGACGACGACGCGGGUGCCCUUCUCUCUACUUUGCACAACCCAGCUUUUGAUCCAAGUGGAUCGCAAGACACCCAGAGAAGUCGGAGAAAUACCGAGGACUCUGACAACUCAUUAUGGUACCUGCAAUGUCGUCCCUUUAUAGACGCCUUCUUCUCUACCAUUCACUAUGUUCACCCCAUCCUGGAUAAAACCUCCUUCCUCCAGCGAUGCGAAUCCUUGUGGUCUAGUGAGGAGGCUGGAAAUGUGAGAAUUACAAGCCUUGUAGCUUUAUACUACAGUGUUUUGUCGAUAGGCGCUCUAGUCGGCACUCGGGAUGACGAGCUCAUCGAUGGGAUAACUAACCUAUCUUGGAGCCGCAAGUUCUUUGAUCGAGCCAAAAGCUGUUGCAACCGACUUGGAAUGGUUACAGACCUCGAGAUGGUUCAAUGCUAUUUCAUUCUGGCCAAAGUCUGCCAGAAUGAGCUGCAUCCACAUUUGUCAUACAUGGGUCUUUACUCGCUCGAGACUGAGAUGUCUUUCGCGAUGGGAAGACCAGACACAUUGGGAGCCGACCUGUACCACAACCGACGAUUUCCACUUAUCAAGACCGCCCAAACUGAAGAGGGAAUGAGUUCAGAGCUAUCCGAGCACCCUUGCUGCGCCAUAAUAGAGCAAAUGGUAUACUUCUCGAGGAUCACGAGGAGCAUCAGCCUUAGCAUUUAUUUACCCGAAACGACAGUACCAAUGAUGGUGGCUUUGGCCGGUCAGAUUGAGAGAGAUUUGGAGGGCUGGGCUCGAAAGCUUCCCGAAGCUAUUCGUCCGACAGGCUCAUCAUCUCAAGUGCCUUCUCUAAGAGGCGUCAAAGAUGUCCAGUGGGUGAAAAGACAAAGACUUGUGCUGAACUUGAGAUACCAUAAUCUGAGGAUUCUUCUCUUCGGGUCUUUCCUCCUGAGAUCAACUGCGCAAGAACGAGCUUCGAUCACUGAGACCAAGCAUGGGAUCCAGAAGUGCCUCGAUUCGGCAAAGCAAACGAUCGAACUCAUCUAUCAAACUUAUCAACACAGUGACUUCUUCCGUACAUGGUUCUACAACACCACAUAUACUGUAUUUGCUGCGAGCAUCAUCCUCGUAUACGUAGCACAAGAAGCAGUCGAGACUGAGAUCCAGCCGCUACUCCGCUUAGUCGACAUGGCUGUCGAGAUUCUCAUGAUCAUGGAUGAGUGUGUUGUCGCUCUACAAGCAGCAAAGCUAUUACAACAAGCAAGGGAGAAGGCUACACAGAAGUCGUCGGCCAAAACCUUGGCACCCACUAAUCCAGGGACGUCUUGGCCAGAUGGCAUGGUGUAUCUUAACCAUUACUGGGGGCCACUCAAUCUGCUUGACGGGGAUAUGGACCAGAACCUCGCAUUGUCCUCGAUAGACUUUGAUGAGGCAAAUUUAUUUAUGCCAAUACCUAACUAG